GUUCAUUGUUUUUUCUAUCUUCCAUAAAAUUUUCUUUUUGUUUUUGUUUUAAACAAAAAUAUCCAACAAACUUUUGCAUUAAAAAUAAAAUUUAAUAAAUAAUGUAUCAAUUGAACGAACUGAAUUAAAAUUAUUAAAAUAAACCAAAAAAAAUCUAAAAGAAGAUACGUUUUCAGCUUGGAAUUCCCCAACAUUAAUACAAAAAAAUAUGGCAAUGAAAAGACAAAAAAAAUAUACCCAACAUUUCGAUGAUGCGACGGAUUUCUUGCCAAUGCAAAGGGUUCCCCAAACCCAAUCGAAAUUUGAAAACACAAUCGAAGCCCAAGUCCAAGAUGGUGAUACCCUUCAAGCACUUGCCUUACGUUUCCAUUGUUCGGUCGCUGACAUUAAGCGUUUAAAUAAAAUUGAUAAAGAUAACGAAAUCCAUGCGAGAAAGGUUGUGAAAAUUCCUGUCACUGUACACUCUGUGCUGCUGGAGACAUUACCAACAGUUCACAAGAGCGGGAAUAAUAGUCCGAAACAUCCACAAGGAAGUGAGAAAAACAAUGUACGAAAUUCAUUGGAAAAUGACAUUUUGAGUGAGAAGUUGCUGGUGGCAUCGGUGAACUCAGCGGGAGAUACAAUCAACGAUAUUAUUCUCAAAUCUUCAGUGCGAAAUAAUGCUUACAAAGAUGAUUCAGUUGAAGAUAAUACUUUUUCAAUGUCGAAUAACCAUUCAGAUCACUAUGAACCACUGAUGAGCGGCUAUCUGGACGAUUCAAUACCUCAGCCAAGAAUAAUACCCGGUCCGGCGGUUCGUCCAUGGGAUUGGUCAGGAUCGGACUGUGACAUGUCGUGGGUGUGUUUAUUCAUUGUGAUCUUAGCCCUGUGCUUUGCAAUUCCACUCAUCUAUGUGUUCUACAUUGCUGAGCAUCCGAAAAAAAUCCACCACAGCGCUCUUUGACUAGAGUUAUUGAGUUUUAAUCAUUCCCUAGGAGAAUAUUGAUCGAUAUUGGACUCCUGUUUUUCCAUUUUCUCUCCAACUACUAUAUUAUUAUUAAUAAGUUAAAAUAAACACUCAAUGGAUGAACGAAGACAGUGAUAGGUUUGAAUACUUAUAAUAGUGAAACCAUUAUUUUAUUUCGAUGACAGCGAUUACAGUGCCUUUCUUGCAUUCGAUGUAAUUUUUUUUUUUUACUCUACUCUACUGUACUUUCUUCUUAUUCUGUGUUUCUUUUCCUUUCAAAUUUUAUCAUCACAAAAGCCAAUUAUUACAUAAAUUAUAAUGGCAAGCAAAUCUUUUUAAAGAAUUUAGGGAUUUUAUGAACAUUAUUGUGUAUUUCCCCCCCUUUUUUAUUAAAUUUAAAUAUAAAAUAAAAUAAAAAAAAGAUAUAUUAUAUAUUUUUAAUCUGACA